CACGCUCACUGAUUGGCUCCGGCGCGGUUUCACAGCCGUCAAUCUUCCCAGAUCUCAACGCUGAUUGGAUACGACCUCCCCCCUUCGUUUCAACGAAGGACGAAAGACGCUGCGCCAUUCGCGUACGUUUUUACGUUAUUUUAAUGGCGUAGCGGCCGUCGCGGCUCUCCGGUGUACGCGUUUGCCGUUGAAGAGCUCCCUACCGGCAGCAGGUGAGGUCAAAUGCAGAGGAAAGGAGCGGAAGAGCGAUUGCUGACAGGUGGAGGAGAAAGAAGCCAAGAAGGGACAAAUGGACGCCAACAAAACGGUGCUGUCCGAGAGCCUCGUGAUAUGGCUGCAGACCUUCAACACUCCUGCGCCCUGCAGCACCGUGGAGGAGCUGACCACUGGGACGGCAAUAUCACAGGCACUGCAUCAAAUAGACCCGGCCUGGUUCUCCGACGGCUGGCUCGACCGCAUCAAGACGGACGUCGAUGGCAACUGGAGACUGAAGAUGAACAACCUGAAGAAGAUCCUUCAGAUGGUGCUUGAUUAUUACACCGAGGUCUUGGCUCAGGAGAUGUCCGACUUCUCGCUCCCCGACCUGGCCGUGGUGGCGGAGCACUCGGACCCCGUGCAGCUGGGCCGGCUGCUGCAGCUGGUGCUGGGCUGCGCCGUCCGAUGUGAGCGUAAACAAGAAUACAUUCAGAUCAUCAUGACCCUGGAGGAGUCUGUGCAGCACGUCGUCAUGACGGCCAUCCAAGAGCUCAUGAGUAAAGAGGUCGCGACCCCGUUUGGAGAGCUGUCGGGGGACCUGGAGCAGCAGCUGAGGAAAGCCCUCGAGGAACUCACCCAACUUCUAGCGGAGAAGGAAGCGUUGGCCCAGCGCUGCCAGGAGCUGGACAUCCAGGUGGCCGUGCUGCAGGAGGAGCGGAACAGCCUGCUGGCCGAGAAUGACGUGCUGACGGACCGCGCCCUUCAGCUGGACGCCUUCGACGACCCGAGCACGCCGUCGGGGAAGAAACACGGCCAGCUGCAGCUCCAGCUGGAGGCGGUGGAGGAGGAGAACUUCAGGCUGGAGGCCGCCAAGGACGACUACCGGAUCCACUGUGAGGAGUUGGAGAAGCAGCUGAUCGAGGUUCAGCACCGCAAUGACGAGCUCACCGGCCUAGCAGAAGAGUCUCGAGCCCUCAAAGACGAACUGGACGUCCUGAGGAGCUGCUCCGACCGGGCGGUGGCGCUCGAGGCCUCGGUGGACACGUACAAGCGGAAGCUGGAGAACCUGGGCGACCUGAAGAGGCAGAUGAAGCUGCUGGAGGAGAACAACAUGACGUACAUGCACAACACGGUCAGCCUGGAGGAGGAGCUGCGCAAGGCCAACGCGGCCCGCGCUCAGCUGGAGACGUACAAGAGACAGGUCCAAGAGCUGCACAGGAAGCUGACGGAGGAGUCGCGGCGGGCGGACAACCUGGCCUACGAGAUGAAGAAGUUGGAGGAGAAGCACGAAACGGUGGUGAAGGAGAAGGAGAGGACGAGCAUCGAGAGAGACUCGCUGAGGGAGACCAACGAGGAGCUGAGAUGCACACAGGCGCAGCAGCACCAGCUCUCACACACAGGGAUUCUUCCCUCCAGCAGCCCGAGCCACGAGAACCUGGCCGCUGAGUUAAUACCCAUCGAGUACAGGGAGCAGUUCAUCCGGCUGCAGCACGAGAACAAGAUGCUGCGGCUGCAGCAGGAGGAGUGUGAGCGGGAGAAGAUCGCCGCCCUGCAGGGCGAGCUGGAGGACGCCCACAAGACCCGCAGCGAGCUGGACACCGAGAACAGAUUGAGUCGCGAGAGGAUCAGCGAGCUGCAGCAGCAGGUGGAGGACCUCCAGAGGGCUCUGCAGAGUCAGGCGGCCAAGCCGGACGAUUCAAACCUGAAGCGGAAGCUGGAUGCGCACAUGGUGCAGCUGAACGAGGCUCAGGACGAAAUCAUGAAGAAGAAGGAGCUGCUGGAGGACCUCCAGCCCGACGACACUCAAACCUCCUUGAAGCUGGACGAGCUGAACGCCGCUCUGAAGAAGAAGGACGAUGACAUGCGGGCCAUGGAGGAGCGCUACAAGAUGUACCUGGAGAAGGCCCGCAACGUAAUCCGAGCUCUGGACCCCAAACUGAACCCGGCCACCGCUGAGAUCCAGGGCCUGAGGAGCCAGCUGGCAGACCGGGACAAGCAGAUCCUGAACCUGGAACGUCAGUGUGAGCAGGCCAAGCUGAGGGAGUACGAGGAGAAGCUGGUGGUCACCGCUUGGUACAACAAGAGCCUGAACUUCCAGAAGCUGGCGAUCGAGUCUCGCCUCGGCGGUGGCUCCGCCUCCUCCGCGCUGUCCCCCGGCCAGUCCUUCUUGUCCCAGCAGCGGCAGGUCUCGAACGCCCCGCGCCGGGCGCUGUUCAUAAACGCCUCGGCCGCGACCUCCAAGUAGACCUCAUGAAGGUCACCUUUUUUUUCUCAAACACUCAAGGGGACAAAGCCUCCUCCCUCGCUCCCUCCCCACUAGGGAGCGCUACAAGUGACCUUAAACACCUCGGGGGAGGGGUCACGGAUCAGCUGAUAGAUCAAUGAGCUGACGGGGGUCUACAGGCGGAGCUCUCGUAGACCUUCAACACCGCCUUCACGCCCUCUUAUCCUUUCAUGAUGUGCACUUGAACAGCAGUGAGAGGAAUCUUAAUGAAUGCUUCACUCUUUCACUCCAAAUUGAAUAUAUAUGUAUAAGAAUGCCAUUUUCUUUCUUUUUUUAAAGCUAACUAGAUGAUUGUUGAUUUCCGGAGAACUCCACCCUCCCACUAUGCAUCUACAGGAGGACGCAGCAGUCCUCCUGUAGAUGUCUCUGACCUCUAUAUUUGGUGCUGGCCGCCAACCGCUCCGGAGCCUCGGUCACAUGUUUUUCUCGUCCAAUGGAACGAGCCGAUCACCUGAAGCCGCAACGCGAUCACUGAAGACGAUCAAUUCCUCGCCUUGUGUUACUGUCACAUGUUUUUCUCUCUCGUGGCUCCACGCUGAGCAGAGAAUUUAAAUAAACUGAGAAGUCUGGAGGAAUUAAAGUAAAUAACCAGAAGACUCCAAGUCUCACGUAUCCAGGCGUGCUCUACUUACUCCCAAACGCAUUUAGUUUUGCUCUAUUUUUUUUUUUUAUGUUCGCCUAUUUUGAUUGAGUAAAGUGAUUAAUGUACAAAUGGUCCUUUUCAUUUUUAGGUGAUCAACCAGCCGAUGAACGAUCACAUGUUGAAUCUCGUUCACAGUGAGAAGCGAGUGUCUCGCAGCGUGAACACGGGACUCCAACGCCAGCUUCUUCCCCGCAACGAGUAAUCACAUCGCACGUAGAGGCAGGUGCAUUGUGGGUGAUUGGCUUCAGCUCAAACUGCUCGAGUCUCAACGUGAGACGGGUGCCGUGACUCUGAGUGUUGACGAUGAAGAAGAGGAGGAAGUCUGUUUUGGCGUCUGGCCAGUCGAUUGUUUUCCUUUGCAGUGGAGGACUCUCGUGUUUAUCGAUGAUUUAAACAUUAAUGUGUGUGACCGUAAGAAGUACAAUCGAACAGAAAGCUGCAUGUGUAGUGUGUAAAUGGGGGGAGGGGGGGGGGGAGAAUGACAUCAUGACAUUUUCAGGAAUGUAGGGAGUUUGACCAUUUAACGCCUUUUUUUGGUUUUCUUGUGAAUAAAUAAAAUGAAUUCUUUUUUUCUAA